GCUCAUUCCCCCUUGUUUUGACGCUACCUGGUGUUGUAAAUAGUCUUACCUUUUCUUUCCUUGCUGUCCCAUGGCAGCUGCCUCAGCAGAGAGCUCCAGGAGCCAUGGGAAGGGGCUGGAGUGGAGCCAGAGUCACAGCAGCUCUGCCUUGGACUAUUCAGGAGACACCUUUGAGUCCUUCAGCGAGGAGGAGGAGAGUGAAGCACCUGGAUCCUGGUGUUCCACAGAGGAUGUGGAGGGGGCAGCUGUCUCAGAGGCUUUGGGAAGCUCAGCAUCACUGGCAGGGCAAAGUGCUGCAGAGGAGGAGUCUGAAGCAGUGGAUCCUGCAGCUGUGGAAAGAGCUGCCAUAGGAAAAUGGAUUGAUGCCAUGGGAAAGUGGAUUGAUGUGAAAAAUAAAGACACUGGGAUUAGGCCAGACAAAUCUGCCAUCACAACUCCUGCUGGAGUUUCUGGGUUCUCCCAGGCAGAGCUGGGAGCUCUGAGCCGUUUCUGCAGCAGCAGGAUCAGCAGCAUGCAGCAGCAGCAGGCACACAGGGGCAGGAGGCUGCACUGGGGAGCCCCAGCAAGGCAGACUGAGCCACGACAGUCCUGUGCUGUUCCUGCCCAGCUGAUGAACAGGAUCCUGCUGGAAAACACCAGGGAGGCUCUGAAACAGGUGACAGAAGCUGAAAUCCAUGAGGUUUCAACCUGUCCUGGCUGCCAGCAGAAGGAAGCAGAGCUGGCCAAGAUUGCCUUUCUCAGGCAAAAAAAGACUCUGCUGGAAGGUGCUUUAAUCCAAGAGAAAUUGGAAGAACAGUUUUACUCCAGGGACAUGCUCACACUUCUAGGAGAAGCACUCAGAAGCUUUCCCAAACCUUCAGAGGAUCCCAGGGAUUUGUGGCAAAGGCUGAAGGGUCAGGAGUGGAAAGACUGAAUGGACCAUAACUCCAGUGGGUGAAGAACUGGGAGAGCCUCCUGUGGGCAGUCAGCUCCAGAAUUCCACUGAUUUUGGAUCUGAGCUGCUGUGGCAGUGAUGGAUUGGGUGCUGCUUUAAUAUUCCUGCAGGUAGAACCAGAUCUGCCUGCCUGGGGUGUGAGUCACCCUCUCCUCAAUGCAAAUGUUGCAGCAUAUUGUAAUCCAUCUCCAUGGGUUUCUCAAAUUCCAGAAGCCAGCAGUUUCCAUUAUUAAUCUGGCAAGGCAGAAGAAUUGUUUUUUGGGGGAUUGCUGUGGGAUUGCAGAGCAGCUCCCAGCUGCCUCCAUCCAUAAGGAAAAUAAAUGAUUCUGUUUGCCAGGGCAGGGAGGUGUAAUUACUGCAUCUCAGCUCAGGCUUUGCCCACUGCCUCAUGGUAAAUUGAAAGUGAGAGCCCCAGGUGGAAGACAAAAAGCAAAGUUAACUAUAAAAAGCAGUAAAAUGAAAUGAAGUAUUUAUAGAAGGGAAUUAAUGAGGUUGCAACAGAAAUUAAUCAGCAGGACUGGGGUGCCAAUGGGAUGAGAAAUGAUAAUAAAUUAAUCAUGGAAUCUAUAUAGGAUAGAGAAAAACAAGCAACAGAUGAAAACUGGGAGAGAAAUUGCAAGAAAAUACUUUGGAAUUUGUUGUAGUUUUUCAAGAUUAGGAAGUCACUGUUGUUCAAAGACUGGAUCUGGGGUUCAGUACACAUCCAAAUAAAAUGGAAUUGUGCUGGGAAUCUUUGGGUUAGACAGUGAAAUCAUCCUCACUGUGGCCUCCAAAGCCUGGUACUGCUCUCUGGGCACCUCUGCAGCCCUUUGUGACCAAAGCUGAGAGCAGGGGCUCAGCCAUGGCCUGACUCUCCUCAGCCUCCCAUAUCCUGACUUCUCUGCAUUCCCAUCUCUGUGAAAACCCUGGAGGGAUAUCCCUAUCUGUGAACCCACACUGCAUUUUUGUGCCAAAGCAGAUGGAAUCAAAUCCCCCUGUUGCAUUUUCUUCCCCCAUUUUGGGACCAGAGCCCUCACUGCUGCCUUAAGGGGGGGUUUGUAUUUCAUGGGGUUGUUUCCCUCCUCUGCUCUGGGUUGUUUAUCAGAGUCCUUGAGAGCUGUUUAGCCUCUUGUUCUCCCUUCCCACAAACCAUGGAAAACCUGGAGGGAAAUGCUGGGAUAUAAACAGAAGUGUUAGCAAAGUUCUGCCUUCUGCUGCUUAAAAAUCUGCUCAGAGUGCUUUCCCUGGGAGUGGAUCCUGAGUAGGUGAAGCCCAGGUGGGAGCCCAGCCCAGCCCUGAGCUCCUCAGUGCUGCUUGUCCUUGCAAACAGCUUCAAUGGUCCAUCAGAAAUACUGCCCCAACAGCAUCCCCUUUGGAAUUGUCCUGCAGGGCACUUGGAUAAUGAAUAAACUCUGCUUGUUCCUUCCUGUUGCUCUGGGAUCCUUGGAAAUGUUUAAACCCUUAAAUCUCCUGCUUUCCAAUCUCCUCCUGGGUGCCCCACCUCUGUUCCUUGUUUUGCUCUGCACUCCCUGGUUCUCUGAGCCUCUGGAAGUCUCUGCACACACUGGGAGAGGCACCCAGAAUUUCAGGUGGGGCCUUGGAAGGGCUGCCAGGUGUACAGGGGGUGAUCAGGAACUGAAUCCUUGGAAACUGUCGUUUUGUAGCACAGAUUUCAGCCCUUGCAGACCCACAAAGAGUGACUGCCAUGCACAUGUUGAUAUUUCUGUUUUCAGAACACUGAACCUUUCUGGAGCUACUGAAAUUCCUUUGCAGCUGCUGUCAGCCUUUCUGUAAAUCUGAGCUGUGAGUUAUCUGGGUUAUGUGUCUGACAGUGUUUGUCUGUGGAGCUCACACACAGUGCCUGCACAGCUCCUGUUUGUUUGCAUAAAUGUUACAAACAGAACUCAGGUAACUCCUCAGCAAAAUCAAAGCAGAUUUUGCUGAUGGCUGUUGGAUGCAUUUUCCUGCUGCUCACUACAGUUGUUUCAUUCUUUUAUCAGCAGUGACUCUGAGAUCUGAGUGUUUUCUUUAUGCCAAUGGAAUGAAUGAUCUGAUCUCCUAAAUAAUUUAUUUUCUAAUCCUGCACUUUUUGAGGCUGGAGAUCCAAAACUCUGCCAUGUGGGAAAGAGGGUGGGUGACGUAUCCUCCUUUUUCCCCUUCCAGGAGCUCCUCCCUCCAGCAGGAGAUUUUUCUUUUGAUCCAAAGAAACCUCAAAACUCUGGUCAAGGAAUAUUGGCUCAUCUGCUGCCUGGUUUGUGCUUGCUGGGGCAUGAAAGGAGCAGGGUGGCUCAAGAGGGAUUCCUUGGGAAAAGCAGCUGUGGCUGUGAAACAAAUCAAUCUGCCUCUUCAAAGUGCUCUGCAGCUUUGCCUUUGUGGCUUUCAUGGCACCCAGAGCCUGGAUGAUUUCAUCUUCUGGGUGAUUGCUGAUGUGGUGGGCUUCAUUGCUCUGUGCUCACAUUUCUCCCAUCUCAGUUGUUUCAUGCUCUGUGUGUGCUGAUAUCCACUUUUGGGGUGUUGGAUUUUA